AUGUCAGCUAACAAAGUGAACGAAGUCCUUAUAAAGAUCACACACACUGGGCUCUGCGGCACGGAUAUUCACGCCAUUGGAUGCAACUCAGUCCUAGGCCACGAGGGCAUUGGAAUCGUGGAGGCGAUAGGGUCGGAAGUCACACAGUUGGAGAUUGGCGAUCGAGUCGGGGGUGGAUUCUUGCGCAACUCUUGUGGGCAUUGCAAGUACUGCCUAAAUGGACAGGACAUGUGGUGCUAUGACCGAGAUAUCUUCAUGGAGUCCGACGGAAGCAGACAGAAUGGCACCCUUGCCGACUACUACGUUGGUAUCGAGACUUAUGUGUACAAGAUCCCGCGAGUCAUUUCCAACGAACAUGCAACACCCCUACAAUGUACUAGAGCUACUGUAUACUCGACUCUGAUUGAAAGUGUGAAUCCUGGGCAGCGUGUUGGAAUAGUUGGCAUUGGUGGUCUAGGACAUCUUGCCAUCCAGUUUGCAGCGAAAAUGGGGGCAGAUGUUGCCGUGUUUUCAUCAACUGCGGCCAAGGAAGAAGAAGCUCGACGAUUUGGCGCGUCUGAGUUUUGCCUUUUGCAAGAACCAGGAAGUAUCAACAAGCCUGUCGAUGUGCUUGUCAUAGCCGGCUCUGCAUAUCCGGAAUGGGAGAAGUUUCUCGACAAAAAGGUUCUUGCUAGAAAUGGCAUUGUUAUACCACUAUCUGCUCCGGAUUCCAUGAAUUUACCGGGAGGACCCAUGCUCUUCAACGGAUACACAAUGAAGAUGUCGCUGGUCGCGACUAGGAAGGUUCACCGUGACAUGCUGGAAUUUGCAGCACUCCAUUCAAUCAAGCCUACAGUCGAGACAUUUGAGCUGUCUGACUCCGGCGUUGCAGCUGCCUUGAAUAAGCUCAAGGCAGGCACUAUGAGAUAUAGAGGUGUCCUAGUUGCGGCCUAG